AUGCGCAGGGCCAUCCGCUCCGCUCCGCUGCCGAGCCGCGAGCCGCCGGUGUCCGAGUCCUCCUCCAUCGACUGGAGCGCGGCGUCGGCCUGCCCGCCCGAGGGCCUCGCCAACACGCAGCUCGACGAGUCGUCCCUACCGCGCGAGGCGGAGGUCGAGGUGGGGCGCGGGCUGCGCUCGGCCGCGGAGCUGGUCGAGAUGGGCUUCGCGCCCGCGCGCGUGGCUGCGGCGAUGGACGCGUCUGUCGGCGACGUGCUGGACGAGACCGCCGUCCGGCCGGCCGCCGAGUCGGAGGGCGGCUCCCCGCCCGGCGCCGCGGCCGACGUGCAGAUCGACUCGGUCGCCUUCCCGGCGAUGGUGUCGCGCAAGCACUGCCGCCUCCGGCGCGACGCCGACGGCGCCUUCUUCGUGGACGACCUCGGCGCGGCCAACGGCACCACCCUCAACGGCCGCCGCGCGUGCUACUGCGUGCUGCUCGCCGAGUAG